AUGGCCGAGACCGCUCCUGUUGCUGCGCCCGAUGUCGCCGCCGCUCCGACCCCGGCCAAGGCGGCCCCCGCCAAGAAGCCGAAGAAGGCGGCGGGCGGCGCCAAAGCCCGCAAGCCCGCGGGCCCCAGCGUCACCGAGCUGAUCACCAAGGCCGUGUCCGCCUCCAAGGAGCGCAAGGGGCUCUCCCUCGCCGCGCUCAAGAAGGCGCUGGCCGCCGGUGGCUACGACGUGGAAAAAAGUAACAGCCGCAUCAAGCUGGGGCUCAAGAGCCUCGUCAGCAAGGGCACCCUGGUGCAGACCAAGGGCACCGGCGCCUCCGGCUCGUUCCGCCUCAGCAAGAAGCCGGGAGAGGCGAAGGAGAAGGCUCCUAGGAAGAGAACGCCCGCGGCCAAGCCCAAGAAGGCAGCGCCCAAGAAGCCUGCCAGCGCAGCCAAGAAGCCCAAGAAGGCGGCAGCGGCGAAGAAGAGCCCCAAGAAAGCCAUGAAGCCAGCUGCCGCUGCCACCAAGAAGGCAGCAAAGAGCCCCAAGAAAGCGACAAAGGCUGCCAAGCCCAAAAAGGCGGUGGCAGUCAAGAGCCCAGCCAAAACGAAGGCGGUGAAGCCCAAAGCUGCCAAGCCCAAGACGGCCAAACCGAAGGCAGCCAAAGCAAAGAAGGCGGCCCCCAAGAAAAAAUAAAUAUCCUGAAAAAAAAAUCCCUCUCCUCUGCUUGGCAGAUAAAACCC